AUGCAUUUUUCAAAAGACAUCAACGAUGGAACUGAAAGAAUUUUGCUUUUCACAACAAGUGAAAAUCUUAAAUGGCUGCAAAAAGCAAAAUUUUGGAUUAUGGAUGGAACAUUUAAAACUGUUCCAACUUUAUUUCGACAAUUAUACAGCAUUCACGCGCCUGCUGGCGGAAAUAUUAAUUCCAGAAUUGUUCCAUUAGUUUACGCGCUAAUGACUGUGAAAAGCGAAGAAUUAUAUCAAAGAUUAUUUCAAGAACUAAAUGAAUGGGCAGAAGAAAAUGAAUUGGAAUUAAAACCAGACUUCGUAUUAACUGAUUUUGAAAAAGCUUCAAUCAAUGCAGUAAAAUCAGAAUUUUCAAGUGCUCGAAGCAAAGGCUGUCAUUUUCAUUUAGGCCAAAAUGUAUACAGACAAAUUCAAGAUGCAGGACUAACCAAAAAAUAUGGAACUGACCAAGACUUUAGUCUUCUUAUACGACAUAUUCCUGCUUUGGCUUUUUUACGUCCCUUAGAAAUUCCUGAUGCUUUUGACGAAGUCAAAGCUCUAUUACCAUCUGAUGCUGAACCAAUUAUUCAGUGGUUUGAAAAUAAUUAUGUACGUGGAAGAAUAAAAAGAACAUUUAGAAACGGCACGGUUCAAAGACACGAUCCAUUACAUCCACCAGAAAUGUGGUCCGUCUUCGAUAACACGGAGUUUGCAUUUCCAAGAACCCAAAACAAAGUCGAAGCCUGGCAUAGACGCUGGGAAACAUUAAUAGCUCGACCUCAUGUUGGCAUUUUCACUAUGAUUAAACAAAUUCAAAAAGAACAAAAUGAAGUUGAAAUGGAAAUUGAGCAAUCAAUGCGUGGAGAACCAGCUCCAAAGAAACGCAAAGAAGAUGAAAACAGAGAAGCCAGAAUUCAAAAUGUUAUUGCUGAUCGUGGCAAUAGAUCAACUAUCGAUUUUCUUCGGGGCAUUGCUCAUAAUCUUUCAUUGUAA